GGCGUCAAAUCACUUGCGGCUUGUGGUUCGUACUCUGUGGUCUAUCUUAGCGGUGAAGUUGAUAUUUAAUCAAAAUGUCGAACAAGAAAAACAAGGAAAUACAAAAAGAAGAUAGUGAAAGUGAAGAGGAACAAGAAUCUGGCAGCGAGAGAGAUUCUGAUUUCGAUUCUGAUGGAAAUUUCGUCGGUGAUAAGGAAUUACAAGCAGAUUUUGAAGGAAGAAACCCAGAAGACUGUGACUAUCACGGAAUAAAACAACUCUUGAGGCAACUAUUUUUAAAAUCAAAUGUUGAUUUGGGAGCACUAGCACAGAUCAUUAUUUCUCAAAACUACGUCGGCAGUGUUGUAAAGCAGUGCUUAGAUGAUGGACAGGACGAUGAUGAUGACGAUGACGAUGGCAGCGAUGGGGUAUUUGGGAUUACUACUGUGAUAAAUAUUACCAAAAGAAAAGAAGAACCCUGCAUAAAACAAGUAAGACAAUUGCUAACCACACUGGCCAAUGACAAUGCUGAUGACAGAGUGAAGGCGCUAGUAAAUAAAAUACUUUCAGAUGACGCCACUCAUGUGGGCUUAAUUAUAAAUGAAAGGAUUCUUAACAUUCCAGCCGCUAUAAGUGUACCACUCUUUGCAUCACUACAGAAUGAGUUAGACAAAGCAUUGAAAAAGAACAUGCCUUAUUUAUUCCAAUAUCUUGUUUGGAUUUGCAAGACAUAUAAAACUGGUGAUGAUGAUUCAGAAGUACUAUUUGCAAAUCAAGAAGAAAAGCCUUUAGUGGACGAGGCUAUGGCCAGUUUUGAUGUUGACGUAGCAGAACAGGCUGAAUUAUCUCAGUGGGAUUACGAAGGAGGGGCUAUGACCCCUUGUAGAAAGGUACUAAUCUUCGAAGGAGGCAAAUUUAAUCAGUUAGUAAGGUUGCUUAAAGAAGAGGUGGAAAAUGUACAAUGACAAGCUUAGUAUCUCGACUAAAGUGUAUACAAUGCCAUUUUCACUUCGGAUGUAAUUAUAUAUAUUUAUAUUUUAAGAUUAUUAAAUUUAUGCUAUGUAAGCUUC